UCUUCUUCGUUUUGAUAGCCUCAUCCAAAACCAAAACAUCUCUUUGUUUUUUCCGAAGUAAAUUAAGAGGGAAAGAAAAAAGAAAAGAAAAUGGUGGAUCUAUUGAACUCGGUGAUGAACUUGGUGGCACCACCAGCUACUAUGGUGGUAAUGGCCUUUGCAUGGCCAUUACUGUCUUUCAUUAGCUUCUCGGAACGGGUCUACAACUCUUACUUCGCCACUGAAAACAUGGAAGAUAAAGUCGUCGUCAUCACCGGAGCCUCCUCCGCUAUUGGUGAGCAAAUAGCAUAUGAAUAUGCAAAGAGAGGAGCUAAUUUGGUGUUGGUGGCGAGGAGAGAGCAGAGACUAAGAGUUGUGAGCAAUAAGGCAAAGCAGAUUGGAGCCAACCAUGUUAUCAUCAUCGCUGCUGAUGUUAUCAAAGAAGAUGAUUGCCGCCGUUUUAUCACCCAAGCCGUCAACUACUACGGCCGCGUGGAUCACCUAGUGAAUACAGCGAGUCUUGGACACACAUUUUACUUUGAGGAAGUGAGUGACACGACUGUGUUUCCGCAUUUGAUGGACAUUAACUUCUGGGGGAAUGUUUAUCCGACGUAUGUAGCGUUGCCAUACCUUCAACAGACGAAUGGCCGGAUAGUCGUGAAUGCCUCGGUUGAGAACUGGUUGCCUCUACCACGGAUGAGUCUUUAUUCAGCUGCAAAAGCAGCACUAGUCAACUUCUAUGAGACGCUAAGGUUCGAGCUAAAUGGAGACGUUGGAAUAACUAUUGCGACUCACGGAUGGAUCGGGAGUGAGAUGACUAGAGGAAAGUUCAUGCUAGAAGAAGGUGCUGAGAUGCAAUGGAAGGAAGAAAGAGAAGUACCUGCAAAUGGUGGGCCGCUAGAGGAAUUUGCAAAGAUGAUUGUGGCGGGAGCUUGUAGGGGAGACGCAUAUGUAAAGUUCCCAAACUGGUACGACGUGUUUCUCCUCUAUAGAGUUUUCACGCCAAAUGUGCUGAGAUGGACAUUCAAGUUGUUACUGUCUACUGAGGGUUCACGUCGAAGCUCCCUUGUUGGGGUAGGGGCAGGUAUGCCUGCGGAUGAAUCCUCUUCACAAAUGAAACUUAUGCUUGAAGGAGGUCCACCCCGGUUUCCCGCAAGCCCACCUAGGUAUACUGCAAGCCCACCUCACUAUACCGCAAGCCCACCACGGUAUCCUGCAAGCCCACCUCGGUAUCCUGCAAGUCCUCCUCGGUUUGCGCAGUUUAACAUCCAAGAGUUGUAAUAAAAACUGGAUUGAGAAACAAGAGGUCCGGUCCGUUUGGUGAGUAGAGUGUAGAGUGAACUUUGAGCUUUAGAACAUUUUCCAACUAAGUAAAUGACCGAGAAAAGCAAUGUAAAAAGGACAAAGAGUCAAGAAUAAUGCCAGAUGAUACAGCUAUAUGA